UGUAACGUUCGUUCGUCUGUAUCGAGUGUGCGUUAGUGCUGGUUUAGACGACGGUGAUAUUAUUAUAGUUGUUUCCGUUACCAAAGCCAUAGUUGACCUGUCAUUAGUCGUUUCCUUUGUGGUUUUUUACGAUUGUUUUUAUCUUUAUUUGUGAAAAAUAAAAGAGUUUAAUUUUGUAAAACGCAUGGCGAAUUUUCAUCGUUUACUGCUGUCACAUCGCCUCGUAAUAGUCGCAGACUUCGUGAAGAAGAUUGAUGGUUAAUCCAGCACAAACGUAUAUAUAAUAUAAAUUUUAUACAUUGACUUCGAUACUACAUUUCAUUGACGAGGGUUCAUAAAGUUGAUUACAGAUUUAAAUUACCUAUAGGUACUUCCUAUUACAAUAAUUAUGACGAAUAUUGGACGUAUCCGGACUGUAGUAUUAGGAAGUUCUCGCGUUGGGAAAUCUGCUGUCACUGUUCGAUACUUGACAAAGAGAUAUAUCGGAGAAUACAGUUCAAACACAGACCUGUUGUACAGACACGACGUGACGUUCGAUAGCGUUCUUACAGAAGUGGAAAUACUCGACACAUGCAAAUAUUCGACCACUUGCUUGUACGAUCACAUAAGAUGGGCCGACGCAUUCGUGAUUGUCUACAGUGUGGUGGACCUGUCGAGUUUUAACGAAGCUCAAUACCUUCUGGACGAGUUAAGCAAACACAAAUUGCCGUCGUACUUUGCUACGCUGUUGCUGGGCAACAAGAGAGACUUGGACCAUUCCAGGAUAGUGGCAGUAGACGCGGGACAAGAGCUGUCGCUGCGGUUCGGCUGUCAGUUCUACGAGGUGAGUGCGGCUGAAAACUUCGCGGGCGUGUCGCUCGCGUUCCACUCGCUGUUGCGCGAGACUCGGGCAGUGCAGCUGCUCCGCGGGCUGCCUAUCAGGCGCAAGUUAGGCGUCAACAGCGUGUCCAAGGUGCUGGGCACGAUAUUCGGCAAGAACAGCAGCAAGCGGGACCGGAAGAAACGGCCUUCGCUGAGCAUAUGACCCGUGUGGGCGUCCGCCGACACGGCCACCGCUGCGGGCGCUCCGAACACGACGCUCACGCUGUGAACACGUACGUACGCGAAUAAGAGAGAAAAAUAUCGAAAAUCAAAAAAAAAAUAAAAGUAAAAAGAAAAAAAAAAGAAGAAGAAAAAUGUCGCCUCAAGACCCGCCGACCAAGGCACCUCCCCUCCCAUUCCUACCUAACUACCAACCACCUAUUAUCCACCCAUACAGGUUGAUCGAAUAAGCCGUCGUUGUCAUCGUCCAUCAUCGUCAUAUACAAGAGAGACGUACAGUACGAGUCGGUCGCAGCCAGCUGUAACUAUACAACAGCGACGACGGAUAUGUAGUGUACAAUAUUAUUACAUCCCGAUUGAAACACGGCGGCGGUGGCAGGCGUAUGACAUCCGUUUCCGUUCAGCGAGGACGAGCCGAAUGUACAGCGAAGUCGGGCGUCGCAAUACUGUCUGUCGUCAGAUUCGCCAGCUCGAGACGUUCCGAGAAUUCAAAUAAAAUAAAUACGAAUUUGAUAGAUAUAUGCGUCCGUCUGACAACGAUCCGGGCCGACCGACGCUGGACAAAAACGGACUAUCCAUCGAAUGACCGCAUAGUAGGUACGCUGAUAACGUACCUAACGCAGUAUCGACUGUCGACUCGAUUUUUUAAGAAACGAGUAAAAAUAAAUUUAGGUACUACAGAGUAUGACAACAGAGUGUGCGAAUAACAUAAAUUGUCGUGCAAAUCACGGUUUUUGUUCCCACGGAAAAAUUCACCGUCCCCUAGAUUUUUGACAAAAAAAAAAAAAAUUCAUUCACACCUGUAGAUUAGAUGUCGAAUGGAUAUGCUACGACAAGUCUGCGGUCGUUCCGGCGAAAAGUCUCGGUGACCAAGUUUUUGGGGACGAUAAAGAAAUAUAAAUUUAACUUAGGUACUAUGCGCGGAAUCCAUAGUAAAUCGGGUGGUGUGCUGAACAAGAUGAUGUUAUCGUAUAAAUAUAUUGGUUGGUCAGUAGUCAUGCCAUUGUAUUGAUGGCUCGCAAUGGUCUUUCAUAUCGAUAAACCUGUCUAUGACAAGUAUGACGAAAAUCCACGACGGCUGUCCGAUAUAUUAUUUACGAGAAUUUUUUGGUUAUUCGAAAGUCGAAAUCCAUCCCCCGCCUCCUCUCUAUCAAUAUCUGAUCUCAUUAAUCGAAGCAUUUUCAACGAUUGUUUUUCAUUUACUCGAUGUAUAUUAUUAUAAUUAGAUAUUAUUAGCUUUUAUAAAUGUUAAAAAAAAAAAA